CAGCCACAAAGCCUUAAUUAAGUCUAAACCCCGCCCACUGCUACAAUUUAUCUUGUUAAAAUCUGAUUUAAAACCUAACCACACUACUAACCGUAUGCCUAACCCGAGCCUUAAAUUAAGACCAAAAAGCAACUUUUUGUAGCCAACGCUGACUUUGUGGUUGUUUUAUCUAGUGGAAACCAGCUACCUGCUGUAGCUACGUAACGUCUUUAAAGAGCCUCGCUUUUUGUAGUGGCUAACGUCAACGGGAAGCAUGCCACGGUGCUCAAUUGAUUGAUAUUAGCCCGAUAAUAGGCUAAAUCUGUAGAAAUGGGGAAGAGAGACAAUAGAGUGUCUUAUGUGAACCCCAUAGCUGCAUCACGGGCCAAGGGACCCGCACCCAAUGCAGGACCCUCUAUCCAGGAUUACCUGAGCAGACCACGGCCAACAUGGGAAGAGGUGAAGGAGAUCAUAGAGAGGAAGAAGAAAGGCUCCAGAGCCCUGGCGGACUUUGAGGACCAAAUGAACGAGAAUUGGAAGAAGGAGCUGGCGAAGAACAGAGAGAAGUUACUAGGUGGCGUUGACAAGGAGAAAGAGGAGAAGGAGAAGAAAGAGAAAAAGAAGAAAGAAAAAGGAAAGAAGGCCAAUAGGCGUUCCUCUCCUUCAUCCUCCUCAUCGAGUUCUGAUUCCUCUAGCAGCUCCUCCUCAGACUCUGAAGACGAGAAUGAAAAGAGCGCCAGAAAGAAAGGGAAGAAGAAGCAGUCCUCCUCCAAGAAAGCAUCGGAUGUCACUUCUGUAGAAUCUGAGCCCGCCGGCAAGGUUUCCUUCCCUCUCCUUCUGUUUCUCUCCAAGAAGAAGAAGAUGGAGCUGAAAAAGACAGAAGGUGAGAAUGAAAAGGGUGAAAAGAGCCGCAGGAAGAAGAGGAAAGCCGAGCGAAGUCAUAAAGACUCUCCCUCAGAGAUGUCCGCUGACUCAGAAGUGGAGGAGGGUGGUGAACCCAAGAAGAGAAAGAGAAGUAAUGAAGAGAAGGAACAAGACAAAAUAACAGCAGACAAAUCAAAGAAGAAAAGAAAAAAGAAGCAGAAGAAACACGGGAGGAGGAAGAAGAAUAAGACAUCUUCUGACAUCUAGCGGUGUGGUUCUCUGUCCAGCAGGAGAGAGCUUCUGCCUUUCAACUGCCAACAAAUCCCACCUGGGGUAGUUGAUGGACAAUGGGAACUGCUGGCUUGAGAGUUGAUGGGAUGGGGGGUUUCUAAUGUGAAGUUAAACUAAUGCCGCGUUCAAAACAACUGGGAACUGGGGGGGGUAAACGAGCUCCGACUGGGGAAAAAUAUAUUUGAACGGUCAUCCAACUCGGAAACUCUGGCAUCUUUCUAGAACUCAGACUUUCCGACCUGAAGAUCACGGACGUCAUGAUUUGACCUCGUUUCUUUUCGGAGUUCCCAGUUGUCUUGAAAGCACCAUAAGGUCUGGUGAACUUGGAAUUACAGGUCAUCAAACCCUCUGUGACAACUUUGCAUCUUCCUUUUUGUUUUUUUAGCAGAUCCGUUUUCAUUCGAUCCACAUAAAUGUCAACAAGGACACCACAUAAGUCGUCAAGUGUGGCCCAACUGAACUGAAGAAUGUGCCUAUGAAAUGAAAAUGUACUUUCAUUUUGUACACCCUUGGUAUGCAGGCCUACAAUGUCUAUUUUCAUCUUCUUGGCCAUCUCAUCUUUCUAAAACUGCGUCGCUAGCUACACAAUGAGGUCGUUUUGGGACUUUGUUAUGCUGGUGUCAUGAUGCGUGUAAUCUGAUAUGAUGGCCACUUCUCUUGCCAGCCUCAUAUUGAAGUUGGGAUUGUGAAAAUACGAGUGAAAUGGUCAUAAUAACAAGGGACAAACUGUUCAAUUCUGUUAAAUGUAAUAAGUUAUAAAACUAUGAAUUAUAUAUAUGAAUGGGGUUUCAUUAUUAAAGUGUUAAUGUUUUA